AUGGAAGAAGAUUCUUAUGUGGACGAUGAUCCUUCGGGCAGCGUAACUUCUCAGGAAGAGAUUCUACAUCGCCAUCAUCAGCAUUAUUACCAUAACCACAGUCAUAGCAAAUCAGUUCCUUGUUCAAGCUUCUCCACUACUUGUCCACCUAUGGUAUAUCGUAGUCAGAAGCAUUCUCGGCUAGCUGUCGAGCAGAUGAACGAAAUGAGAUCUGACGGUUUGCUUUGUGAUGUGACGUUAGUUGUUGGUUCAGUUCGUAUUAACGCUCAUCGGUUGUUACUUGCUUCCUGCUCCAAUUACUUUCGUGCUAUGUUUACCUCGGAAAUGGCUGAAAGUCGACAACAGGAAAUUCAAAUGGUGGAUAUUGAGCCCCGAACACUACAAGCACUCAUUGAUUUCUGUUAUACGGGAGAAAUAACAAUCGCUGAUCUUAAUGUUCAGUCAAUCUUACCAGCUGCAUGCUUGCUACAGCUUAAUGAGAUACAGGAAGUGUGUUGCGAAUUUCUUAAAAAACAGUUGGAUCCAACAAAUUGUUUAGGUAUAAGAGCAUUUGCUGAUACUCAUGCUUGCCGAGAUUUGAUGAGGAUCGCUGAAAAAUUUGCUCAUCAUAAUUUUCAGGAUGUUUCAAAAAGUGAGGAAUUUAUUUUGCUGCCAUUAAAUCAGUUAAUUGAUAUCAUAUCAAGCGAGGAGUUGAACGUUCGUUCGGAAGAAAUUGUUUUCCAUGCUGUUAUGGCUUGGAUGCGUCAUGAUCUUCCUAAUCGGCGUCAAUUUUUGCCUAAGGUUUUGGAGCAUGUUCGGUUACCUCUUUGUCCUGCCAAGUUUAUUGUUAGUGUAGUAAGUGAAGAACCUUUAAUAAAGACUGAUGCACAAUGUCGUGAUUUGGUAGAUGAAGCAAAAAACUAUCUUCUUUUACCUUUAGAAAGGCCUAAUAUGCAAGGACCGAGAACUAGAAGUAGAAAGCCUGUUCGUUAUGGUGAAGUUCUAUACGCAGUGGGUGGUUGGUGUAGUGGAGAUGCUAUUGCUUCCGUAGAACAAAUGGAUGGUCGUACUGGUGAAUGGCGCUGUGUUGCUCCCAUGAGUAAACGCCGAUGUGGUGUUGGCGUAGCUGUGCUCGAUAAUUUACUCUACGCUGUAGGUGGACAUGACGGACAAAGUUACCUUAAUUCUGUUGAGAGGUAUGAUCCUGCAACUAAUCAGUGGUGCGGUGAUGUUGCACCGACAUCGACCUGUAGAACAUCAGUAGGCGUUGCAGUUCUUGGUGGUUUACUUUAUGCGAUUGGCGGUCAAGAUGGAGUUUGCUGUCUAAAUAUUGUUGAGAGGUACGAUGCUCAUCGCAACGAAUGGUCUAAAGUAGCUCCAAUGAGCACGCGUCGACUAGGUGUAUCAGUAUCAGUUUUAAAUGAUUGCUUAUAUGCUAUUGGUGGUUCCGAUGGACAAAAUCCGCUAAAUACUGUCGAACUCUAUGAUCCACGAAUUAACAAGUGGAUGGCAGUAAAGUCAAUGACUACGAGAAGGAAGCACCUGGGAACUGCUGUACUUGAUGGAUGCUUAUAUGCAGUGGGUGGUCGAGAUAAUGCAUGUGAAUUGUCAUCAGCAGAGAAAUAUAAUCCAAGUACAAAUGAAUGGACCAGUGUUGUUGCCAUGAAUAAUCGCAGAUCAGGGGUAGGCUUGGCAGUGGUGAACAAUCAAAUGUAUGCAGUAGGUGGUUUUGAUGGUACUACGUACUUGAAAACUGUGGAAGUUUACGAUCGAGAAGUAAAUCAGUGGCGUCAGUCAGGAUGCAUGACGUAUAGACGUCUUGGUGGUGGUGUUGGAGUGGUUCGUUUACCUCACAAUCAGCAUGUGCCACUCAAUCCCGAUUCUGAUUUAGUUCCGUUUGAUGAUCCUCCAGUAAUGUAA